GUACGGCGCAAUCAAACGGUGGCACCGCACUCCGGAUUCGAACUGCUUUUGGCCCAACUAUAAUAACAUAUUUGAGUUCUUCAUUCUCUAUUUUCUUAUAAGCAGAAAUGGGUCUUACGCAAUCCAAAAAUAGCAUUACACUCCGGAUUCGAACCGGUGACCAGAAAGGAGCAGCAACCGAUGCUAACGUUUAUGCUAUAUUAUACGAUACUUCGGAUAACGAAAGUGAGAAGAUCCUUGUGGACAACUUCUGGAAAAGGGAUUUUAAAAUCGGGGCCCUCGACACUUUUGAUAUUGAACUCCCGGAAUCGUUCACAGAAGUGAAAAAAAUUGAACUUUGGACCGAAAAGGCUACAAUCGAAUUAACAUCUACAACUUGGUUCAUACAAACAGUGGAAUUGGUACGUGGAUUUACUAGAAAGAGCGUAGUGUUUCCUGUUUUCCGUUGGAUAAGGCCAUCGGUCCAUUAUUUCCUUUAUCCUUGGAAUACAUUCUUACCACAGAAUGAUCCGGAUAAGGAGCAACGAGAAAACGAAAUCAAGUACACACGUGAGAUGUACAAGUUGAAAUAUCAGAGAGGACGUCCUACUAUGUUGGAAAGCUUGCCUGCUGAUGAAGAAUUCUCAGAUUCAUAUAAGAAACUCCUAUUCACAACCAAGUUGGAGGUUAAGCUGAAGAACUGGAUAAGUUCAAUCACAACAGAUUCCUGGGAGACGUUGGAUGAUCUGACGAACAUUUACUACAAAGAAGGGAUCACGAAACCAAAGGUUUGUGAAUACUGGCACGAUGACACGUGGUUUGGAUAUCAACGACUUAAUGGUUGUAACCCCAAAUCAAUAAAACUGUGUGAAGAAAUCCCUUCAAAACUUGCAGUGGAUGAGGAGAUGAUGAAACCAGUUCUGGAUGGAGAAACAUUGGAAGGACUAAUCGAAAAGAAGCGACUGUUUUACGCAGACUUAGAAAUUUUGGAAGGCAUUGGCCACAAUCAAAGAUUUGAUGUCUGUGUUCCCAUUGCAUUGUUUAUGCUGGAUUACGAAGAUGAGUUGACACCAAUUGCUAUACAGCUACAACAACGGAAAGGACGAAGUAAUCCUGUCUUUCUUCCUACGGACGAUCAUUACGUCUGGACUCUUGCUAAGAUGUGGUUCAACAUGGCUGACUCCACCUGCCAUCAAAUUUCCGCUCAUCUGGGUUUAACUCAUUUAUUGAUGCAAGUGGUUGUCCUUGCCCUACACAGAAACAUAUCUGUGUCGCAUCCAGUCUACAAGAUUUUGGCACCUCACACACUUUUCCUUUUGGCCAUCAAUUUUAAUGCAUUUAAAAGCCUUGUAAACCCUGGAAGUUUAACCGAAAAGAUAAUGCCAAUUCGAACCGAACAUAUGUUUCAACUUAUAGACAAAAGUUUAAAGCGAUGGGACUUUCUUGGUGAUGGAAUUCCAAUGAAAGAGUUCCAAAGCAGGAAAGUUGAUGACCCGAAAGUCUUACCCAAAUACUACUACAGAGAUGAUUCGCUUGCAUUGUACAACUGUGUGUAUAAGUACGUCUCCAACUAUAUAGACAUCUACUAUGCUGAUGAAAACGAUGUAGAUAAUGACUGGGAGAUACAAAACUGGAUCGAAAGUAUGGCCGUAGGACACGAGAAUGGAGGCGUACAGGGUUUACCAAUGAAAGAUGGUAAAGGUCACGUGUCUUCAAAGGAAGAAUUAAAAGAUAUUCUAGCCGUAAUAAUUUUUACCUGUAGCGUGACACAUGCCGCUGUCAAUUUCCUGCAGUAUGAAGAAUAUGGUUUCCCUGCAAACUAUCCAUCGAUGCUCAGGUCACCGCUGUUAAAAGACAAAAGACCUAAAACGGAGAAGGACAUCAUUGCUGCCCUACCUAACAAAGCGACAACUUUUGACGUUUUAACGUUGACCCACGUAUUCAGUCAAAAGGGGACCAAUUCCUUGGGUGAUUUUGAAACACAAUAUAUCUACGAUCCGAAGGCUGUUGGUUGUGUCAAAGUUUUCCAAUCAGACUUGAAAAGAAUUGGUGACGGAAUCAGAAAAAGAAAUAGGACCUUAGAAGUCCCUUAUGAUGUCUUGGAUCCUGCCAACAUUCCUAAUUCUAUCAGUAUUUGAAUAUACAGAGAGAGAGAGAAAGAAAGAGACCCUGUGCUCAUACACUAUUGCUCAUAUAUAUAUAACCCCCAGCUAGGAAGUAUAACUUGCAGGUUAUAUAAUAUAUUAAUGUUAAAGAAAUUAUAUAAUAUUUUCAUUAUUUCUGGUUUUUACGGGUGUUUUCCGAACUUAAGAUGUUACAAUCGAAAUAUUUUUGUUUAUUUCAUGCAUUUAAACAAUUUAUACGCUUGCUUUUAUACAAUUAUUCAAUAUUGCGAUGCUCCAGCAUGGCUACAGAAUCUGCCUGAAAACGAUGAGAGAAUAAUAAAAUCUACCGAUAGGUCUUUUACUAUUCCUCACUUAUAGUUUUCUUUUAGCACCACAUACUACACACAGACACACGCACACACACACACACACCACACACACACACACACACACACACACACACACACCACACACACACACACACACACACACACACUUAUAUAUAUAUAUAGCUUGGGGUAUAAGACCCCAAGCUAUUUUGUGCCUUGCCAAGACAUCUGGAGUAAGGUUUGAUGUUUUAAAGGAUCAACUUGAUCUCCUGGUAUCCAAGGUCCCCGACGAACCUAUAUCACGGCAAGAAAUCCAAAAGAGGGCAGCUGUAUCGAACUCUCUCCUUCACCAAACGCCAGUCACGUAAGGUUGGACAUUGAAAAGAUAACUACGCUGGCGAUGCUCCUGCAUGGCCACAUGCUUAAGACUGAAACGUAUAAAAGAAUAAAAGAUUAUAUAUAGUAAGCUAUUGUACUCAUAUUAUACAUCUCUGUAUUAUUAGCAAAUAAAACCGUUUUUGUUUUUAUGUC